CCCCCGGUCUUGCGCACGUCCCGCACGCGGCCACGCCUCCCGCUCCCCCUCCCCUCGCCCAUGUCUGGCCAGUCCUCGCGCCCGGGGCAGGCGCCAAAGCCCACAGUCUUCCCGGAUACCCCCUCGCCGGCCGGGUACGACACCUACAGCGCGGGAUUGCUGUAUGGCGCGGAGCUGCCGGCCUUCGCGCGGCCCUCUCCGCGGGCCAUGGCGGAGGCACGCGCCGCGCGCGGGUCCCUCCUGACCACCCCGCUGCCGGGGGCGCCGAUGCACUUUUACGGCGGCUUCCCCCGGCCCGAGGACCCGGAGGCCGGGGCCCCCAUGCCCCAGGGGUCUGCCUCAAGUAGCGAGCCGGCCGACCUGGACCAGCGCCUGGGCGCCAUCGCCCGGGGGAAUCUCCUGCGCGCGCGGUCCGCCAUGGCCCUGUCCCCGGCGCUGCAUCGCUUCCGCCAGCAGGAGCUCCAAACCGAGCCGGCUGCCUGGGGGACCGGCUGCUGCCCCGACCCGCUGGUUGUCGGGCAUCGGGCAUCCUGCUUGCGAGCGUCGUCCUCUCCGGACCCGCUGGCCACGCCGGCGGCCCGGGAGUGGCGCUUUGUUCCGCUGUCCUCCUUCCGUUUCCAGCCGUACGCGCGCGAGGUGGCCGAGAUGGGCGCCGUGGCCGAGCGAGCGGACCUGGAGCAAACCCGCGCGCGCACGGUCCCUGGGCUGGCCCUGCCGGAGGAGUAUUACCUGGAGCGGCAGGCCAUCGUCCUCGGGGCCACGACCUUCCUGGAUCAGGAGCGCUUUUCCUUCUCCAAAUUCUUCGACACCCAGUACGCCCAGCGAUGUGAGUCGGCUCGGAACCGGGAGAUGAGCGUCCAGCUGGAGCCCCUGGCCGAGGGCCAGACGUCGGAGGACAUCACCGACACCGGGCCGCUGCACACGGUGUGCUGGUUCUCGCGCCUGUGCGAGGGGCCCACCGGCUGUGUGCAUGGUGCGUCCCUUCCCUCUCCUUCUCUGUCUCCACCCCCGGCCGACCCCCCAGGCGGCGGGCCCAUGGCCCGUUGGCCGUUUUCCGGCCCAUCCUCCUGGCCUUCCGUCCCCCGCGCCAUGGGCACCUGACACCCCGCCACUUGGCUGUGUGAUUCCGGGGGUGCCGUGCUCCGCCGCGCCCAGGCGGGGCCAUUGCCCUCCUUCACGAUGCCACCUGCGGUUCGAUGAUCUUCCGGAACUACGGGGUGGGCUAUGUGACGGCGCGCCUGUCCAUCGACUACCGGCGGUCCGUGCCGCUGGAGCACACGGUGGUCAUUUCGGCGCGCAUCAUCCGCAAGGUCGGCAACAAGCUGUUCAUCGAGAGCCGGUUCACCAACGACCCGCCCGGCGUGGAGGACUACUUUGCGGAGCCCGGCUCGCCAGCCGCCCCGGGGCUCCUCAUCUACAGCGUGGCCACGGCCCUGUUUGUCAGCAAGUACCCGGCCGGCCUGGGGUUCGACGAGACCAGCGACUACGUGCGCCAGGCGCGCCAAUUGCGCAUCCACGACCAGGUGGCCUACAACCGGGUGGCUCGCGGGACAUUCCACAACCUCUUGGCCGCGGCCAGCAUGAUCCAGCAGACCGGCUUGGAGUCGGCCACUGCCGAGGUCGAGCACUUCCGUGAGACCGGCCAGCGCCGGAUGAAGGCCCGGCUGUAGGAGAGGCGCGGAAGAGGGGGCAUGAGGGGAGGGGGAGGGCGGAGCCCCUUGCCUGAUCGUGCCCCGGCUUGGAUUCUCCGGCCAUGGCACAGUCGCGCGCGCACUUCCCCCCCCC